AGCGAUGAUCAGGUUCAGCGAAAGGGUCCGGGCCCCGGUGGCCCCAAAGUCGCCUUUUCGCCAUGGUGCCGCCGCUGCCCCUGCGCCGAGUCACUCCGAGCCGAACCCGCGGCGUCCGCGCGCUUCGCGGGUCCUCGGGCUCUGUGCCUUUUGCUUCGCACGGGCGAACCCGCUCCCUCGGAUUCGGCGAACUGUCCGCGGUUCGAAGCCGACGGAAGAGGUCAAGGUGGACAAAGGCCUGUGGAUGGCGUGCCUGGCGGCAAUCCCCGGGAGCUUCCAAUACGGCUUCGGCCUCAGCGUCAUCAACGUGCCCCAGGCGGCCGUUUGCCGUUCCCUGGGCCUGGCGCAGACCUCGCUCACGUGGUCCAGCCUGGUGGCGGUGCUGAGCCCCUCAGGCCUGCUGGGCGCCUGGCUGGCCCCUUCUGCCGUGCGACGCCUAGGCCUCGUCACGGCGCUGUGCGGCACAUCCAUCUUCUUCCUCAUUUCUGGGGCUUUGUUUCCCUUCGCCGCCCAGGCCGCCGCCCAGUCGCAGCUCUCCUUGGCCACAGCCCUCUUCGCCUCGGGGCGCGUCAUGGCGGGGCUGGGCGCCGGGGCCGCCACGGUCUUCGUGCCGCUCUACCUGGGCCGCAUCGCGCCGCUGCAGCUCCGCGGCGCCAUCGGCAACCUGCACCAGGUGGCCAUCGUUUUGGGCCUCUUGGUGGCGCAGCUCGCGGGCGCCGCACUGCCCUGGCCGCGCACGCUGGCGCUGGCGGCGCUCUUCGGAGCGCUGCAGCUUCUUCUCAUGCCAUGGCUUCGGGAAGUUCCGGAAGAGACCACCGACUCAGCGCCAAUUGGCGGCUUCGGCGCCUUGGGGUCCUCCGAGCUGCGCCGGCCCAUGGCCAUGGCGGUGGCGCUGAUGGCGCUGCAGCAGUACUGCGGCAUCAACGGCGUGUGGUACUACAGCACGAGCUUCUUCACAGAAGCAGGCCUGCCGAAUCCGCUGGCCGGCACCUUGGUGUCCUCCGCCAUUUUCAUGGUAGCCACGCUGGUGGCAGUGCCGCUCAUCGAGAAGGCGGGUCGUCGAUCGCUGCUGCUGCGGGGGCAGACGAGCGCAGCCAUCGCUUUGAGUAUUCUCACCGCAUCUCUUUGCGCCAAAGCUGCAGGGGGCUUGGGGUUCACCGAUGGCUUGCUGAACGGCGCCACCUUGAUGUCUGUCAUUGCCUUUGUGGUGUCCUUCGCCAUCAGCUUGGGGCCCAUCCCCUGGCAAAUCGCGAACGAGAUCUUCCCUCUGCGGUGCAGAGCAGAGGCCCAGUGUGUCAUUGCUUCGCUCUGUGAGAUCUUCAGCGCCAGCGUGGCUCUGGGCUUCCCAGUCCUUCAGAGGAUCUUGGGUGCGAGACUGGCCUUCCUGCCCAGCGUGGUGGUGUUGCUGCUUGGAUACCUCUACGUGAGGAAGAAUCUGCCUGAGACGAAGAACCGCGAGGUGAAGGACAUCCUGUCGGACUUCAACCGCAGGAGAUGACCCGCCAAGCCGGCAAAAGCGAG